GGGGACGCGCGCGUCGCUUUCCUCGUCGUGGCGACCGCCACCGCUCACGCUGGUUCUGGGGGCGGGGCUGUAAGAAUAGGAGUAAAGCCGCUGAGUGAAGUGAGAAUUCUACUAGAGGAAAUGGCUGCCUCUUCAUCCUCCUCCUCAGCUGGUGGGGUCAGUGGAAAUUCUGUCACUGGAUCUGGUUUCAGUGUCUCAGACCUUGCCCCGCCACGGAAAGCCCUUUUCACCUACCCCAAAGGAGCUGGAGAGAUGUUAGAAGAUGGCUCUGAGAGAUUCCUUUGUGAGUCUGUAUUCAGUUAUCAAGUGGCUUCCACGCUUAAACAGGUGAAACAUGAUCAGCAAGUUGCUCGGAUGGAAAAACUCGCUGGUUUGGUAGAAGAGCUAGAGGCUGAUGAAUGGCGGUUUAAGCCGAUUGAGCAGCUGCUGGGGUUCACACCCUCUUCAGGGUGAUGUUGCCUAGAUGGCUACCUCUGGGCACAGCCAAUACAGAGCCAAUAAGGAACCUACAGCUUCCAGAGCCACCCAGAGAUCAACAACUGCAUCGCCAAACCGCUGAUUCCCAUCCUAUUUGGUUCUCUAUAGGCAACAAAUACUUAAAUAUGUGAUCUUGCAUUAAACAGCCUGUUACAGAGAACAAAGAGUUGUGAGUUUAAGAAAUAUUUGUAAAAUUGUCACAAACCAAAUAGGACACAUGCCAGAACUGAAUGACAUGUGUCUUGUUAUUCCUAGAGUACCUAGAAACCUUCACCACUCAAGUCCAAUAGCAGGAUACUUCUUUUCAAACAUGAAUUCAACUUAGGACCUGUCUAAAAGAGGAAUUUUUAAAUGUUCAAUUUUUUUUGCUGUUUUAAGACAUCUAAUUCUAUAGAUUCUUAAUUUUUUCUAAUUUCUUCUGAGCAUUUUGCUUUUUGAAUAUUGGAGCACUUGUAAAAAUAAAGAAGUGAGCAAAACCCUUUCA